AUGUUAGAGUGGAAAGGGGAAUCGAGAGAAAGGGUCCAUUCAGGCAACUGCACCCCUGAGUCCCAGGGGAAAUUCUGUUUUUUCGUCCCUCGAGACGGAAGACCCAACAGAGACCGCCCGGCCCAAGGACUACAGACAUGGAUGGAGACUUUACAGAGUCAAGGAGGGAAGUUCCUAUUAAAGGAGACGGGAACCCAACUGAAGGGACUAAAACGUAAAGACAAGGGAGGGAUAGUGACGUGGGGGGCUCUGGUGGAUGAGGUAAUAAAUUGGUGUCUUAGCAGAGCAAGCAAUAAAGUAAACAAUGGAAAGGAGGAUAAGUACUUAUCACCAACCGAGACGAGAUUAUGGCAUGCAGUCAUAGGAAGAGACGCGUAUACGGAAUGUAACAGUAAUGGAUCUUGUCAGAAAAUGUUAGGUUUGGUUGCAUGUAUCAUCUCAUGGAUAUGGGGAGACGACAACCGACUAAAGGGAAAUAUCGAGCAUCUGAAGAGCAAAUGUGAUAGUCUAAAACCGAAGUUUCUAAAGUCAAAGUAUAGCCUCGAGAGGGAAGGACCAGGGAGAAUCAGAACUCACUCUCACCAACAGAGUCAAUGUGGAGCGGGGAACAGUUUCGACAAAUGUCCUAGCGAAGCCCUGAGUCUCGUAAUAAGUGUCAGUAUGGCACUGAAGGACCUUUGUCCAGAAUGUCCCACCACGGGUUUAGACGAGAUUUUAGGGACAAUGCUGAGACUCGAACCCACGGAGGGCCUCUUUUGUCAAGCUAGCAGGAGAACGGACCCGUCCUGUGCCAUAAAACCAUGCAGCCCGACAUGUGAGGGGAGUCUAUAUCAUCAGAUGGAGGAGGAGAUGACCGUGCGUGAAAAGAUCCCCCAGAUCCACCACAAAGCGGAACCAACCGAAACAGCGGGUGGCUCGGCCCCGCUCGGUCGACUGAAGGAGCAGGAGGCGGAGAAAAAUCAGAUGUCAGGAGAUCAGCACCGGGCAGCUAAGGAACAAAACAGCUCAGGAGCAGAGGACCAAGGAGGAAAGGUCAGCAACCGGACCAGACACAACGGAGAUCAGCAACUCGUUCGUGCAGGGCCAGGCCUCCAGCGACAGGGAACCACCGCCUCUAUAGCCGCCGGAACAACACAGCCGGAACUAGCAUCGGCAGCAGUCAGGGUAGAACAAGGAAUAACCAGGGAAGGAGACCCCGCCCCCCCUGCGGCCAGGCCGAACACGGAGGGUCAGAGUGAGUUAGAGGUUCAACCAGCAGGAGCCUCCAAUUCAUCUUCAAGGGGGGAUAACGGAGCAGGGAACAUACAAGACAUAGGAGCAGCAGUGGGGGGUGUGGCCGUAGCAGUAAUGUUGGUUGCUUCGGCCUAUGGUUAUUAUCGUAUUUAUAUAAAAGGGACUCAUAAGAGGCCGAGGGUAUUGAGUCUGAGGGAUAAGGUUGGGAUAAGAGAUGACGCAACUUCUGAAGCCAGUCCCGAAAGAAACGACCAGUCAAGAGAAGGUGAGUUACAGGAGGAUUAG